ACAACCAAUGACGAUUUGACUCCACCUCAUGAUGCCAUUUAGCAACAACGAUACAUGUUGAUUUGGGGGCAGCCGGAGACAAACAUUGCCAUCGCCUGGGUGCCCUAAAGGACUAGUUCAGACUGUGUAAUGUUCGCCAGGUUCGCGGUGCUUCCCUUUCCUUCUUGCACCGUAGCCCGACCAGUGUUUUAGCGGCUUUUUCGCCCCCCUCCAAACCGCGUGUGUUCUACAGCUGGCAGUGGGACUUUUUCCGGGUGGAUCGCUAUGGAUGUGCUAUGGAUGAUACUGCUGCUGCUGCUCCCGCUCCUGAUGUGGGGCAGCAGCACGUUCGUUUUCUAUUUCAAAAAGUGCUUUUACGUCGGCUGGAUGAUGGUGCUGGCGCUGGUGGCGAUCCCUCUGUGCAUACUGAAGAGCGGCGGAAGAAACGUAGAAAACAUGCGGAUUAUCCGGGUCCUGGUUCGUCACGUGAAGUACUUCCUGGGUCUUCGGUAUGACGUGAGCGGCUGGGAGCAUCUGCAGACGGAGGGACCUUAUGUCAUCGUCUCCAACCACCAGAGCUCCCUGGAUGUUUUGGGCCUGAUGGAGAUCCUACCAGACCGCUGCACCAUGAUUGCCAAGAAGGAGUUGGUCUACGCCGGCACAGUGGGUCUCAUCUGCUGGCUGGGCGGCAUCGUCUUCAUCAACCGCAAGAAGACGAACGACGCCAAGAACGUCAUGGCUGACGCUGCCAAAACCAUGUUGGACGAUCAGAUUCGUCUGUGGGUGUUCCCCGAGGGAACGCGGAACCAGACCGGCGACCUGCUGCCCUUCAAAAAAGGGGCUUUCCACCUGGCAGUGCAGGCACAAGUACCCGUCAUACCCAUCGUUUUUUCCUCCUACCGCAGCUUCUACCUACGGAAAGAAAAGCAGUUCAACUCGGGGACCAUCAGAGUGAAGAUCCUUCCAAAGAUCGAGACAAAGGGGAUGACGUCGGACGAUGUUGCGUCUCUCUGUGACAAAUCCUUCGACGUGAUGCGCGCCGUCUUCGUGAACGUCUCUGACUCCAAACCCACGAGCAACGGGCCGUCGACGCACUGAACCUUUACCAAAUGCUCCCGCCUCUUUUUUCCUCCUAUGUCCCCUCCCCCUCCUCCCGGACCUCCCCCGCUCUCCCUAGGUUGUCCCAUUACCUGGUCAGGAAAACAACAUGACACCCGGUCUCUUGUCAUGAACUCUCUUCUUGUCUAGUCGACGCCUGGUCCAGUCCGCCUCUGGUCCGGACCACACGGCCCGGUCGGUCCUGACCCUCACUGUGCCUGCAGCAGCAGCAGCAGCACCAGCAGCAGCGCUGCUCUGCACGCCGUGAGCGGAGUGACGGACGGCAAGCCGAACAGUAUAGAUGUGUGUUGUUCUUCAUGCAUGCCUUUUUGGAUGGCUCGGUCCACCUUCAUUUUUGCUUUGCUCUCUGGCUUUGUAAGCCUGGCUUUUUUUUUUUUUUUUUUUUUUUUUUUUUAUAAAUAUAAUCUCACUUUAUCACCAUUUUGUACUUUUGUUUAGCAGAUAAUCUUUGGCCUUUUCUUCUCUUAGAAAUGUCAGUGGAUGUUCAUAUGUGCAUCUCAUACUGCCGUUGCUUGAGUUAUCCUCGGGCACUCUUGCAAAAACCAAUUCAAAGUCCCCCAUCUUCCUUCCUUGCUUCCUUUCCUUCUAGUGUGCUCGCUCCCUUUCUGCAUUCCUGUCUAAAGACUAAAGGUGCGGGCUCUCCACGAGUGGUGAAGGUGAGAGGUCGAUCCGCGGACUUAAGUUCCGUCGCUAUGAAUUAAAGUCUAUAUCCAUAUUGGCUCUUCAACCCGAUGACAUGACAUACUUCAUGAUGUCAGCAAGCAAGGAAUUCAAGAGGACACAAUGCGGUGUGUAACAGCACCCAUCUGUACUGAAUUACUGGACUUACGUGGACUGAUGGGUUUUCAAUGUUGUGCAUCGUGGGUGUAUCGUAUGCAUUCAGUCUGUUUCUCUCCAAAAAAAGGUUUGAAAUAACCUGCGUGCAGCAUUGAGCAACAAGUGUCUUCUCGGUGUAACUUUGCUUUCUGUUUAUUUCUUCAUCAAAUAAUCAUAUUUUUUUUUUUGUUGCUCCUCGGAAAGGAACUCACAAGUGAACCUAUUUAAGAUGUGUCAAAAAGGUGAGUUCAUAGUGUGCAACGUCCAACUGUGUUAAGCAUUACUGUUCCAAAGUGCAAGCUACCUGCUGUGCCAUGACUCAGUGUUUUUGGGAAGUUUUCAAUGAAAGCCCAUUAUUAUUAUCAGGCUAUGACCUGCUUAGUCAGCCAAUCACUGACUUUACCAAUGAUAUACGGUCGCUCUUAUAGUCGGGAUGAGGGUCAAAGCGUGAGAUGAUUUUCAAUCUCAAGUGUUUUUUUUUUGUUUUUUUUGGGCUUUGUCUGAUUUCAUUUGUGCUGAUUAACUUGAAGGUUCACUAAUCACUAACGAACCUGGCUGACUUCUAGUCUACACCUCUGAAGGGUUGUCCCCGUUUAGUUUUAUCAAUGUGAAGGUGAAUAACAUGGUUUAGCUGUGAUGAGUGAGCUAUUGCUAAACCUCAUGUGAGAGUAUUAGAUUAUUUAAAAAACGUUGUGGACAUUUCGCCUUAAGUUUGACUGGUUGGUUGUUUUCGGCUAGUUUGCUUUUGUAAAAUGUACAGACAAUAACCGCAUAGAACCGACUGAACUGUUUUGGUUUACAUCCAGGUCUCUGAUGUCACGUUGCUCGCUACCUUUCUACUGUUUGCAAAAUCUCUUAUUUUGCCGCUUUAGCCCAUCAAACGAUAUCUGAGAAUGUAUUUCAGCAUUCAGGACAUUUGUGUACGACUAAUUGCAUCUUAUCCUUCUUUGAUUUUAUCUUUUUUUUUUUGAUUAACGUGGGAUGUUUUCUUUCAUACAGUUGGCUUCACAUCUAGAACGUGUUUAUUUUGACCAUUAAAUGCUAAAAUUAGGCUGACACAAGCACAUAAACCUUCUGAGGAGAUCUUCUUGUUCUGGAUUCAUUAAUACUUCGGUACUGAGCCUGUACACUGCUGGUGAGUGCAACAGUGAUACCUGCUGAGCUUUAAGUUCAAGGCUAGUAUAGAAUACACCCCUCUAUUAAUACUAACCCAUCAAAUUCUGUUCUUGCUUUUUUAUUUAGUUUGAUUAUAUUUAUUGAGUUUCAUCUGUGAGGGCAGAUUCAUAUCUUUGCAGCAAGUGGUUUGAAUGUUAUAAAGUACUCUACCAAAUUUAUUUCUUCCAAAAUAUGACCUAAACAAUAUAAAGUUUGCUAAAGGAGUUGUUUUCCUGUUUAUUUCUUUGUUAUUUUGUAAUACAAAUGUGUGAUUUGUAAGCUUCGCGUCAGGAGCUUGAACCGGUGGCGAACAGGCUCUGCAACGACCCUGCUGGUUGGUUUUGGGCGAUUGUUUACGAAGUAAGAUACUGUAAGAUGAAAUAUUCAAAGUAUUCUUAACCCUAAUAAAGCACUUUUCAUGCUGAGUUUGGGCGGGGAAAAAAAUAAACACGGACUUUCAAGUUUUCUCUGAUUUUCACCAAAGCUAUUAAACGUGUAAUUGUUGCUUUACAUGGAUACGAGAAACGGAGCUGGUGUGUGUGUGUGUGUGUGUGUGUGUGUGUGUGUGUGUGUGUGUGUGUGUGUGUGUGUGUGUGUGUGUGGUCCCUUACUGAAUGUGUCUUUAAAUAUGCACAUAUAGUAUAGACGCCCAUCACACUGUCUGGUUAGCAUUGACAAUGUAUGUUCUUGAUCUCACCUUUUCUGGGUCAACGUGAAUGCCUUGCAAAAGAAUAAAUAAAAAUCAACUUUUCUUUUUCUUAAGUGGCCGUGCAGUGAAAUUCCUGCUUUGCCUUCCUCAGUGAUUACUACAGUCAGCGGUGGAAAGUAACUAAGUACAUGUACUCAAAAUCUGCUUAAGUACAAUUUUAAAGGCACUUCCCUUAAGUAUUUUCAUUUUCUGCUACUUUAAUAUCACUUUGCAUGGCAGUGAGAAUCGCAUGAUCACAUAAACGACCUGGCGGAUCAGGUUUACUUUAUACUUCUGUCACUGAAUGUACAUUUAUCUGAUGGCUGAUUUGUAGAUUUAAUGUUUUGCAAAGUGCAAAAACUAAAAAUCUCUGAAAAACAGGCUGAAAUAAUCCCACCAGACUUCAUACAAAAUAGUUACAUUCAAUACGAUAUAUCUGCAUAAUGAUUACUUGUACUUUUAAUACUUAAAUCUUGCUGAUAAUACUUCCAUACUUUUACUUGAGCAGAACUUUAAAUGCAAGUACUUCCACAAUGUAUUAUUGAUACUUUUACUGAAGUGAAUUUACUGAGUACUUCACUGGUUAAACUACAUGCUGUAUAUACUGUAGGAGAGGCCAACAGGAGAUAUCCAAUGUUGUGUUAGCUUAAUGGAGAGUUCGUCUUACAUCAGCAGUGUAUACAGGACCGUGCAUUUGCAAACAUUAUUCAGUCAGUAAUCCUUUCAUGUCAGAGAGCACACAUGGUGUUUUUGAUUAAGACUUUUUUUUUAUUACAAAAUGUUACAAAACUAGGUAAAAAUGUCUGUUGGAGCACAGAGAAAAUAACUAGACGUAAUCAUAAUUUAAAUAGAUAAAUACAGAUGUCCAUGUCUGCCCCCGGGACAGUUUGGGCUUUAGACAGAGGACACAGCUGUACCGACGCAAAACAAACAGAAGCAAAGUGGCCAGUUUGACGCUCACUGGGUUGGAGUCAGAUGUCACAGGGAUGAUGAUGUAAUGCUGAAACUGGCCCUGCCACAGGUACUCCUACAACAUCAAGAUCUUUGACAGUGAUUCAACAAGAGCAGUACAUGAAGCUGCUGGGAGUAGUGAAAAUCACACAUGAUGAUUUGUGCGGUGAUUGCGUCACUGAGGCGGUUUCUGCUUUCUGCCAUCCCCUUCUUGAAAAAAAAGGUCGGCCAUCUUGGUGCAAUGCGUACAAUCUGUAGGAGGUUUGUGUCAUUAUUAACUUCAUGGGAGAUGUCUGGAAGUGUUUAUUGCGGGCGGCCAUGUUCGGUGGCUAAU